CCGCUCAAACACUGACGCCGUCGCAAACAACAGCUAAAACCCUGCGGGCCGCAACCUCUGAAACCCUGCCGCCGUGUAAGCCGCCGCUAGUAGCUUACCGUCGACCUGAUGUCAUUUCGUUCUUCUGCAACGAAUAUGGCUUUCAGGUUCCGGCGACUCAGAGAAAUCUCAAAGUCGUUGCCUCAAUUUUACUCAGGAUAUUACCAUCAGCAUCAUCAUAGGCAUGCUGUUAGCUCAUUGCCAUUUUCCGUUGCUCCAUCUUACGUUUCUGAAGGAGUUGAGAGAAGGAUUUUAGAGAGUGGUCGCCACCUUCUGCGGUUUUCCACAACAACGGAGCUGCAGUGCGAGUCUUCUCCCGCAAAUGAUGUUUUAUCCUUCAUUAAGUCAACCCUUGAUGAAUCUGAAGGUCCUAACCACUAUUGGUUGAAUAUAUGUGAUGGAAAUAAAGGAAUAUCUGAGAAGGAUGGAAUCUACUUAAUUCUUGCUGAUCAAUUUCUAGAAAUGACGAGUUCGGAUUCUGUUGUUUUGGUCGAAAAUGUAAAAUUCCUUCAGCAUAGGUUUCCUCAGCUUCAUGUGAUUGGGCUUCAGUGUUCCAAUACUCUAUCUGUCGCUGAAAAAAGUGGGAUGAUCCAAUUUAUAAUGAGGGAAUAUGUUUCCUUUCCCAUUUUGUUAUCCAAUAAGAUUUUUGAGAUGGGGAGGAGGCUCUGUUAUAUUAUCUCCAAGGACUUCAGUAAUCCUUUGCUCAUCAGUGAGAGGGACACAGACCUUAAUGUUCUUCGGAAAGCUAUUGAGGAGUUGCUUGAACCAGAAAAUGAGAAAUCUGGUCUGCCGAAUAUUGGGAGAACUACUUAUCUGAAACAUGCGGAGAUCAUUAAAGAACCAUAUUCAUGUUCGUUCAUGCAGAAUUUUAUUCUCCACUUUCCAGGCUGUAUAUCUGCUGAUGAAAAGGGUGGCCGACUCUUCCUUUCUGAUAGCAAUCAUAACCGGAUUGUUAUAUUUAAUGGCAACGGGAAGAUCCUGGACAUGAUUGGUUCUUAUCCAGGUUUUGAGGACGGAGAAUUUGAAUUGGUCAAAUUAGCUCGUCCAGCAGCUUCCUUUUAUCAUGCUACUCAGGAUUGCCUGUAUUUUGUGGACUCUGAGAACCAUGCCAUUAGGAAAGCUGAUUUGGGUAAGCGCGUUGUUGAAACUCUUUAUCCAGCAAACUACUCAAGUACGAAGAGUACUAAGUUAUGGAGCUGGAUCAAGGACCGACUUGGUUUGGGAAGCAUUCCCGACAGAGAAGUGGAAGAUUUCAAUCCGCAGUCUCUGAUGUUUCCUUGGCACAUGAUUAGAUAUAUGGAUGAUAGAUUAUUAAUUUUAAAUCGCAGUCUUGGGACACUAUGGACCAUGGAUUUGGCUUCAGGAAAAAUUAUUGAAGUUGUUAGAGGGCAUUCAAAGAUUAUGGAGAACUAUGGGCAGUUGUUCAUGGACAGAGUGUCUGUUCUGAAACAGAUACCUGAUGGUAUGUUGCAGCUGCAAAGAGAUGCAAAGACUGUCACAGGGGAGCUACCGUCCUUGGAUCUUUUAUCUUCUCUAACACCCUUUCAAAAUUGCCUAAUCAUUUGCGACUCAGGUACCAAUAUUUCAAUCGAUGGAUUGUUUUUGUGCUUAACAUAUCAUCUUUUACUAGUUUUUUUAGCCCGUACUUCUCUCUUGAAGUUGGACAGUUUAAAACCCCAGCUUGGAUUACCGUAUUGGUUUGCUCCACCUCCAGAGAAGGUUAUUUCCACUGCCGAUAGUUUCCAAGGAGCAGGGAUUGAUCAUAUUCACUUUUUCAGACUGCUGCCUGGUAAGGUUGGUAUACAUAUCAAUGUUGAUCUUCCUACAGAUAUUGAACUAGUGGAAUCAAUACAAGAAGACAGCAUAUGGCGUCAGACAAGAGGAACUGCAACUGAAAUUUCAAUCGUCGAGAAAGUUUCUGGGCUCUCAGAAAAGGUCGGUUCGGCUCAACAGUGGUAUGAUGAAUUGGAUAGUCUAGCCUUUUCACCACAAGAAUCAGAAGUGGUGGAAGAAGAUAAUAUAAGAGCUGUUAACCAUAUUGGAGACGAUAGGUUUCAAAUUGAGUGUGCUGUCAAUACAAGUCCUGGAACUAGCGAGGUUAUAGUAUAUGCAGCCGUAUAUUUAAGGCUUAGAAGAGACCAAGAUUGGGAAGGCAAUGGUGACAAACAAGCAGCAGCAGCAGCAGCCAGGAUAGCAGAUUUAUUGUACCCAGGAAGUAGAGGGAAGAAGAUAAAAGAGAGCUGCAUUCAGUUCCUCCUUGUAAACUGUAAACGAGACCUGAGAGAGGUGAUUUUUGUGAAACCUUUGCAUGUGAGGAUAAAGCUGGAUACUAUGGCGCACCCUAAAGCUGAUAAUUCCAAAGGUAUUAUCCUUACAGACUCCUCUGUAGAACUCAAUUUAUCUCUUGCCUCCUAAGAAUAGAUCAUUAUUUUGGUACCUUUUGUGGCUUAUUGUUUUCUUAUUCUAUGCUCAUUCUAUUGUUCUAAUGGUGGAACAAUAUUGUUUAUUAUUAUUAAUUUCUUAAAUUAUUGGAUAUUAGGUCCUCCACAUUAUUCUCA